AACACACAGACAGAAGCAGAUUGGAAAUAAACGUUGCUGGACUGGGGUCACCGGGAGCAGGGUUGAAGAUCUCUGUAGUACACUAUGUAGUGUGGAGUGAGGUGAAUGCGUCGCGCGCUGCAGGGGUUAAUGAGCGCGUGCGUCACAGACUGAGCGCAUCCAACUUUCAAUAUGACGCUCUUCUCAGCGAGCGAUGAACGCGUCGGACUGACUGAAUGAGACAUGAAGGACCGCACACAAGAGCUCAAACAUGGAAAAGAACCAGAAGAGGUGGACAAGGUGGCUGUCAGCAUUGAAAAUGGUUUCAUGGAAGAGUUCUUUGAGCAGGUAGAUGAGAUUCGAGGGUUCACGGACUCUCUGGCAGAGAAAGUAGAAGAAGUGAAAAUAAACCACAGCGCCAUCCUGGCCUCUCCAAACCCAGACGAGACAACAAAAGUGGAUUUGGAGGAGUUGAUGACAGAUAUCAAGAAGUUGGCUAAUAAAGUGCGCUCCAAGUUAAAAAAUAUCCAGCAGACCAUAGAACAGGAAGAGGCACUAAACCAAUCAAAAAAUCCAUCAGCUGAUCUGAGGAUACGGAAAACACAGCACUCCACCCUGUCACGUAAAUUUGUGGAGGUGAUGAUGGAAUAUAAUGCAACGCAAUCAGAUUACAGGGAGCGCUGUAAAGGACGGAUACAGAGACAGCUGGAGAUCACGGGAAGAAAUACAACAAAUGAGGAGUUGGAGACCAUGUUAGAAAGUAACAACCCCUUGAUCUUCACUUCAGGGAUCAUCAUGGAGUGCAACAUCAGUGAACAGGCCAUGAAUGAGAUUGAGACGCGACACAAUGAAAUCAUCAAGCUGGAGAACAGCAUCCGUGAGCUGCAUGAUAUGUUCAUGGAUAUGGCCAUGCUGGUGGAGAGCCAGGGAGAGUUAAUAAACAAUAUAGAGAAGAAUGUCUGCAGUGCUCAGGAAUAUGUGGAAAAGGCCAAAGAGGAAACCAAAGCAGCUGUCAAAGUCCGGAAAUCUAGCAGGACGGGUUUGUAACAGAAGGAAUUGAUGACCAGAUUUUCAUUUCUGGAAGUUGAUCCUGAUAGGCGGCUGUGUGUCCGUCUGUCUUCUCAUCCUCAUCAUCUCUCUAGCCAUUGGAUUGAGCUAAACAAGACACUCUGCUGUCUGUGUGCUGCUUGUGACAGACAGGAACUCAGGACCAUCUAUUUGUGAUAUAGCCGAUAGAUUCAGUCAAUUUUGUUAAAAACAAAAAGUCACAGACUUGCUGGGAAAUUACAUACAGACUGAGUGUUUACACGUACUAAAAGAUAAAUGAGAUGGUACGUCAAAUGAUCUGUGAUGUACAGUGUUUAGAAAAAGUAUUCACUUUCUGGAACGUUGUGUUAUUGUUUUACAAUAACUUGAUGACUUUUUUUUUUGUAAUUGAUCAAGAAAAUACUCAAAGAAGGCAGACAUUAUUCUGUUUACAGAAGCAGACAUGAAUAUCAGCAUAACACAGUGAAAUGUAAGAUGUAAGUAGCUAAACAUUUCAUAUCUGACAACCCCGAGGUACAAAAUAUUAAAUGACCGACCGUAAAUCCAGGAAUGCAAGCAAUUCAACAGAAGCUGUUCUCAGCAUAUUAAAUUUAAGAUUUCUCCCCCACUAACACAGAGGACAAUGAAAAAGGCUGACAUGGUUUAAAGCUACUGUUGUCCCAUUUUUGCCUUCUCAGCAUCUUAAAAUGCACAUAUGUAGAUGAUGGGAAUCUAAACUUUUCCCAGGGCAUAUGCCUGCCAAACCCCUCAUGAACACUCAGCUUUUAGACCUCAGUUUUUCUAAAACUUGUGUACAGCCAUGAAUGCCAUCUGAGUUUUUUGCAGUGUUAACUGUCCUCAUGGUGUAAGUUUUGCCUCAAUGCCUAACCUUCCAGACAGAGGUGAAUCUACACUGCGAUUAGUGGCUAGAUAUUGAUUACACACGUAUGAUUGUCAUUUAGCUAUAUAUGUCACUAAUAUGAAAUCCAUUUCUUGCACCAGUGAUAUAUUUUGUGCUCCAUACUACUGAGGGUGAAUACUUUUUAUAGGCACUUUUUAUUUCUUCGCCUCUGUUAAGUGUUAUGUACCGCUGUCUGCUCAGCAUUGUGGCAUGAUUGUAAACAGUAAACAGUGUUAUGCAUUUGCUACACUCCUUACCUUCAACAUAACGCCAUCAUGGAGAGCAGUGUUGAGCUGAUUGUCGUUUACUCUUAAAACCUAAACUCUGACAUUAGACCACACCGGACCAAACAGAUUACAGCAGUGUAUAUGUUUUGUAAAUUCAUCUGUAAUAUGAUAUGUCAUACUGAAUGAAAAGCCCAGCAUCCUCAAACUGCUCUCCACCAAUCUUUAGGCAUGCAAUGAUAUUUCUGCUUGGGUCAUGAUAGUAACUCUUCACUUCUACUUUUCUUGCUGCCCGGAAUGUUUUCUUUAUUUUUACCUUUGAUUUUUUUCUUAAACUUGUCCAAAUACAGAAGAAAAUCAUUGUUAUUAUCUGUUGUGUGCUGCUUGGAAUCGUUGUUGCUUCUGUCAUUGGUGGUGUGUCCUGAAUGACACACACAGAGCGUGGUGUGUUUAGAGCGGAUAAUAAGGAGAAUAGUUGUUUCAGGUCAUGUUCUGUUCUGUGUGAGUUUUUGCGGUGUGUUAAGGCUGGAAUAUACUACAUGACUUACACUCUGUAUCAUACACGUACUGAUUUUGUAAAGGUUUACAGAAAAACUGAGCAUCAUACAUUAAACGACUGAGGAUCUCACACUACCUUUCAAGUCGUUCUGAACAAAGACGUGCGCUUCAUUGCUAUGCCAUCCAAUGCAUGACAAAGGAAAACAAUGCAUGUUCUAAAAAUUGCUCAAUAAGUGAUUUUCUGUGAAAUCUGUCAACACCAACUGUCCAACAUCUGCAGGCUGGCUAUGACUUUCAUCAAGUAGUGUUGACUCAUCAAACCUGAGCAAAAGUCACGUAGUGUUUUCUAGCCUUUAUUCUGGCUGUUGCAUAAUUGUAUUUUUUUUAAGACUCUGAACAAAACAAAAUGUAGCGUCUGUCAUUGUGUCAUUGUGAGGCUCUUUGAAGCAAACAUAUUCUCUUAAUCUGUAACGAUAAACAAAAAGCCGAGUGUUUACCCAGAUAGCAAGAGCGCAGGUGAAAACCAUUGAAUCAGUGUUAAAACUAGUUGAUUUUUCAAUGUUAAUGGCAUUGAAUUAAUAUAACUUUUGCACCCACAAUUAAUGUUGAAAAAAUGUUGAAAUUUCAACAAACGACCAUUAUUAUGCUCAGUGUUUGCUUUAGUUGGGCUCUUGACUCUUGCUUUUCAUUAAGUUAAUUCUUCUUCAGUGCUUACAAUAGUGUUUCAACAUAAACACAUGCAUUAAUAAAGAAAGAGAUAUUUUAAAGUUAAAUUGGAGUAGAUUACUUUUUGUGAUGGGUGUCAAGCAGUAAUAAAGUUGACUAAUAAUAUUGUCAACUAAUAAACUGAGCUUUCAUUACUGAUGUAAAUGUUUUGUUUCACAAAUGCAAAGAUACUGUGACAAAAUACACAGAAAGAUUUAGACAUUAACACUCAACAACGGUGGCAAUCCUCAAACUAAUUCAGAUAAACAGAUGCAUGCUGGGAGUCAUGAAUGAGUUUUGUUCUAUGUUGAUACCCAGCAUGCAUUUCAGCAUAAAAUUUUCUUUUGUUGAUUUUCACCAUUGUUGAGUUUCAUACGCUGAUUCUUGAUGUCUAAUUGAUUCAUCAACUUAUUAUUAUUUUUUUUUGUAUUUUCUGUUAAUUCAGAUGACAGCCAUACCACUGCUUUAAUCUCACAUUGUAGUUUCACACAUUAUUCAUACAUAAAAAAACACAAACACUGAUCACAAUAAUGGUGCUUUUUUGAAAUUUCAACAUUUUUUCAACAUUAGUUGCAGGUGCAAAAGUGAUUUUGAUCCAAUGUAAUUAACACUGACAAAUCAACAUUUUUUUAAACAUUGAUUCAGUGGUUGAUUGCUAUCAGGGUAGUUAUUGCUGAUGAACCACUAGUCUUCUUUAAACUGCAAAUAAAGAUGUGUUUGUUUUAUUCUGCUGAAAAUAACCUGAUUGUUGCAAGUAAAGUUCCAGUUUAUUCACACCUCAGAUUGUUUCCAGAUGUUUGUUUGCUUGAUAUACUGUACACGCGUGAAUGUGUAAAGAAAACAUACAUUACUAUGGUUUUAAAGACCAUAACCAAAGUGCAUGAGCCUGUAUAGUCUGUAUGCUGUUCGCUUUCAUACGACGCCUUCUCCAUCUGCCCUGUGAGUAACAUUUUGAGUUUGUAUAUGAACAUGCACAAUCUUGACUGCAUCUUAAAUGACUCGUGACAAAAAAAGAAAUGCAGCACUAAUGAUAACAGUCAGAACAAGACACUGCC